AGCUUCCAGACAUUUAUUAGUACUGUGAACUGCUGAAGUGUGUAUACAUUUUUUUGUCAGACUGUGCAUUUUAUAUACUGAGGGUUUUUUUGUUAUGUAGCUCCUUCCCCACUUCAUCUCGCCUGUCCUUAACUGGGGGUAGAGUGGGGUAAACUGGGGCCCUGGCACCAAGUGGGCCAGAGUCUGUUUAUCAGGGUUCUUUCUGAUUUUUUCUCUUAAUUGUUCUUUCUAGCAAGUGUUUAACUCUUCCUAGUCAGGAUUUUCCAAAAACCUCACCGAGGCCUUUUUCUAUCCCUUUUCCUGCCUGUCCUUCUUUCCCUACAUAGAUAGCAUCCAAAGGGGUCAACCAACUAAGACAACUAAGCUUGUCAGAAUUUAUUGGGUGUACCCUAUGUACCAGACACUGUAAGUCACUUUAUAGACACUCUCUUGAAACUUCUCCCAAUGAUGACAAGUCUUUUCUUACAAAAGAGGAUAUGGCCAGAGAGAAUAUAUUUACCCAUGAUCAUGAUCACAACCUGUUAGAGAACAAUUCAAAACCAGAUGCAACUCACUGUAAAGCCAGAACUCAUCAUAACAUACCAGGCUGGCUUACCAGUAAAGGAAUUUCAGCUAACAAAAAGUAAGAAUUUGUUUUAAAAUAAUCGGAUAGCACUUAGAGCAUUACUGUGAUAUGUGCCAUGCUCUUUUCUCCAGUGGGCAUGUUUUCCAGUCUUACCUGUUUUCCAGUCGCCUAGCAUACAGUGGUAAAGUACCAGUUUAGCCUCAAUGAUUUACAGAACAUUUACAAUGUGUCAGACUAUAAGGUUGUAGGAUAGGGCAGGUAGGGGGCAACUAGUGCAGUCAGUCACAAAAGGCCACCAUAUUCACAUAUCAAUUUUUUUUUCUGGUGCUGGGAUUGAACCCAGGGUCUCACACAUUAGACAUGUACUCGCUAAGCUAUACCUCCAACUCUAAGAACUCAACUUGUAUUUUAAGGACAGUGAAACACGAAUAAGAGACAGGUACAGUAUGUGUAUACCAUGCCUUGCCGCCUGUUUGCAUCAAAUGUUUGUGUACCGUGUAGCAUGGAAUUCUGUUGGACACACCAUGUGUGGGAGUCUAUAGAGAUUCAAAAUUGCCAGACUCGACAGAAUGAUGCCAGAAAGUAUAUAUACCAAGAAGUAAAAUAAAAACAGUUCAGUUUUAUAAAAUAUUUCUAAUACGUAUUCUAACAAAAACGAAGUACAUAUGAUUGCAUGAGCUAUAAAAUAACAACUCUGAAAUUUUAGUGAUCCUGCAUUCAAAUUAAAUGUUCACGUUUGUAUUAAAAACCAGCAAUACGGAAUAUAAAGAAAAAUGGUAAAAUUUACACUAAUAAGUUUUUCUGUACUUGGAAUGACAUUUAAUACUAAUGUAACAGUACCAGGACAGAGUCCAGUAAUGCCUGUCAUCCCAUCACGCGGGAAGCUGAAGAAUUGCAUGUCAGUAUCUAGCCUGAGCUACACAGUAAGACCUUAUGGCAAAAAAAAAAAAUCUGGACAACAGCAAUACCACAAAAAACAGCUUACAUUUUAGCACCUGUAAUGGUACUUUUUCCCCCUCUUUUUUUUUUUUUUUUUUAAUUUUUAAAAUUUUUUUCCGGUACCAGGAAUCGAACUCACGACCUUGCACUUACCAGGCAGGCGCCCUGCUGCUGAGCUAACUCCCCAGCCCUUUACCCCUCUUUUUCAACAAAGAGCACUGCGUUUCCAUUUUGCACCAAGACUUAAAAAUUGCAUAAUGGGGCCGGCUCCUGACGUGGCUAGGAAGAGAGACGUGUAGAUACCCUUCCCGGAGCUUAAGGUAGGUGCAUAGACUGUGGGAUGCAGUGGACACUGCCUACAGGACUGCAUUUUGUAGUAACUGGAACUGUUUAUUCUUUGAAGAGACUAUGUUACUUUCGAGGUUUGUCCAAUCCUAAAAAGGACAGUAACUAUAAACUACAAUAGCUAGCUUUACUGGUUUAUGAUAUGUUCUAAGAGAUCUGAAAAUGGAAACAAAAGUCAAACCAGUUUAUUCUUUUGUAUUGUAACUAUUCGUGGGGGAAAGCCAAUGGCAUUGAAGGAGUUUAAGCUGUCAGGAGCCAGGAACUCGGGGAGAACCCUGUGCGCGUCUCGGUGGCAGGCACCGCAGCUCCGCGGGGUGGACUGCAGCUGGGUGCGGGCAGCUCCGGCCGAGCUGGGCUGGGGCGUGCGUGCGCGCUGAAGGCGGACUAGUGCGGGAGACGACGCCUACAUGCUCCCGCGUCCCCGGAGCAGCCCGUCCUCAGCGGUUCCCGACCCGAGCAGCCCCGGGAGCACGCGGACUGCUUCGGAAUACGCGGGCGGCCGCGGAGCAGAACACAGCGCGUGCGGCCCCCGCGCGCUUCGGCAGCCAGGGUCCCUUCCGGCCACAACUCCAGCGUCCCGCGCGAGGGUGGAGCUCCGCUCCCCGUCCGGAGCCCGGCGCGCUCCCAGCCCGGCCCUCCCCGAGGCUACAAAGCCGGCCAGAGCUCGCCGCAGGCCCCAGGAUCCUUUCGCGCGCUGCCUCCGCGCGCCGCAGCCUCGAACCCGGGAC